AUGGUGUGGGUCAGCCGAGUCCUACUGAGGAAGUAUGGCAGAUUUAUGGAUGACCUAAGGAUCUAUGUAAAAGGAGGAGCUGGUGGAAUGGGCCAUCCUCGAUUAGGUGGAGAAGGAGGACAUGGUGGUGAUGUCUGGCUGGUAGCCAAAGGAAAACUUACCUUGAAGGGAAUGAAGACUCAGUAUCCUAGGAAACGGUUUGUGGCAGGAUCAGGGGCCAAUAGUAGGAUUGCUGCUCUGAAAGGUGCAAAAGGAAAAGAUGUUGAAGUAAAUGUGCCUUCAGGAAUAUCAGUCGUUACAGAUAAUGGGAAAAUGUUAGGUGAACUUAACAAGCCAGGAGACAGAUUAUUGGUGGCACGUGGGGGUUUUGGUGGCUCUCUGGUUACGAAUUUCUUGCCCUCCAAAGGUCAAACUUACAGUAUUCAUCUUGAUUUGAAACUUAUAGCUGAUGUUGGCUUAGUUGGAUUUCCAAAUGCAGGAAAGUCGUCUUUGCUAACAAGGAUUUCUCGUGCUACACCUGAGAUUGCAGAUUAUGCCUUCACAACUAUAAAUCCUGAACUGGGGACAGUUACGUAUGCUGAUCACAAACAGAUCACGGUCGCUGAUCUUCCAGGUUUGAUCGAAGGCGCACAUGCAAAUAAAGGAAGAGGACACAAGUUCCUGAAGCAUGUGGAAAGAACAAAGGAGCUUCUCUUUGUUGUUGAUGUAUCUGGCUUUCAGCUUUCUGCUAAGACACCUUUCAGAACAGCCUUUGAAACUAUACUACUGCUAGCAAAAGAGUUGGAAUUGUAUAAAGAAGAACUUAGAGCCAAACCUGCCCUCCUUGCUGUCAAUAAAAUGGAUUUGCCGAAUGCACAAAGAAACUUUAAUGAGCUUAUGGAACAAUUACAGAAUCCUCAAGAUCAUAUGCAUUCACUCCCCAAAGAGAUGAUUCCAGCAGACACUCUAAUCUUCAAGGAAAUCAUUCCUAUAUCUGCACAUACUGGUGAAGGAACUGAAGAACUAAUUAUGUGCUUACGAGAAGUACUGGAUGAAGAGGCUGAGAAGACUAUUGAACAAUAUCAGCAGGAACAACUUUGUGCAUUACGUCUCUCGGAAAUAUAA